AGCAAGUCCUCUCUAUGUUAUAUCAGUAUGUGGAGACAUUGCUCGCUGAACGUGAAUUCUGCAAAACACACUGCGAAUGGUGAUCAACAUGUCGAGCGUAGCAGCCGACGUAUUUUUGUUUCCUCCAGGGGAGCCUUACUCCGUCAAUUCCUAUUGACUUCCGGCGCCAAGCUGAAAGCUGAAAACAUCAGAAUGAAUCUCGAACUGCUAGAAUCGUUUGGGCAGAACUACCCAGAGGAUUUUGAUGGUGCACUUGACUGUGUUAGCAUAGCUGUAACCUGUGCCUUUAAUCGCCAAGGGACUUUGCUUGCAGUAGGUUGCAAUGAUGGACGUGUAGUUGUAUGGGAUUUCUUGACACGUGGUAUUGCAAAGAUUAUCAAUGCCCAUGUACAUCCAGUUUGUUCACUGAGCUGGAAUCGAAAUGGCCACAAAUUGUUAAGUGCAGCAACCGACAAUACGGUAUCAGUGUGGGAUGUAUUGUCAGGAGAAAACGACCGAACCUACAGAUUUCCAUCCCCAGUUUUAAAAGUGCAGUUCCAUCCACGGAGCAGCAACCAGUUCCUGGUGUGCCCUCUCAAACAUGCAGCUGUCCUCAUGAACACAUCUGGUUCCCAUCAAGUGAUUCCUCUAGAUGAUAAUGAUCUCAAUAUCAUAGCUACAUUUGACCGACGAGGAAAGUAUAUUUACACAGGAAAUGCAAAAGGACGGAUCUUAGUGUUCAAGACAGAGAAUUUGGAACUUGUUGCAUCAUUCCGGGUGACAACAGGCACAUUAAACACCACUGCCAUAAAAUCAAUUGAAUUUGCACGUCGUGGAGAGUGUUUCUUGGUUAACUCAGCAGACAGAAUCAUUCGUGUUUAUGAGAGCCGUGAGGUCCUGACAUGUGGAAAGGAUGGAGAGCCAGAGCCAAUACAGAAACUUCAAGACCUUGUGAACAAAACAUUGUGGAAGAAAUGUUGUUUUUCUGGUGAUGGAGAAUACAUAGUGGCUGGUUCUGCACGGCAGCACUCACUCUACAUUUGGGAAAAGUCUGUGGGGAACUUAGUUAAAAUCUUGCAUGGAACCAAAGGAGAACUACUUCUUGAUGUCGUGUGGCAUCCUGUCCGUCCAAUCAUUGCAUCCAUUUCCAGUGGCCUAGUCUCCAUCUGGGCACAGAAUCAAGUGGAAAACUGGAGUGCAUUUGCUCCAGAUUUCAAAGAAUUAGAUGAAAAUGUGGAGUAUGAUGAGAGAGAAUCUGAAUUUGACCUUGAAGAUGAAGACAAAGAAAAGGUGGACACAAAAGGUCCUGAUCAAGAAGACACAGAAGUUGAUGUAACAACAGUGGAACCUAUACAAGCCUUUGUCAGCAGUGAUGAAGAGGAUGAAGAUCUGGAUGCGUUAAUGUACCUCCCUGUCUCACCAGAGGUAGAUGAACCAGAAGAAGUGUGGCAGGGAACCGGGGACGGUGCUGUGCGGGUGGGCCUGCAUGCCACGGCAGGGGGCCAGAAGCUGCAAGAUGAUGGCAUGACACCUGCAGCAGCAGAAAAGAAACGCAGCCACAGCAACACAGACCAGUUAGCAAGCAGCAAAAAGAAGAAAAUGAAAGCCUUUGAUGUACAUCUUCCAGAUGCUCCAAAGGAUGAAAUUCAUCCACUUCUCAGCGCCAACGCCAAAAAGAGUCAAGAAAAUAAAAGCCAGCCACGUAAAUCUCGACCACAGAAGUCUCGUUCCUCUCGACUAGAAAAGCGCAGGGAGCGAGCAAAAGUGUCUGACCCAGAAAUUUCGUACAGGGAAAAUACGAAUUCUGGUGACAGUAUUCCCUUGUGAGGAAGAAUGCAGACAGCUGAAAAAUCAAAAAGUGAACUCCACAGGCAUCCCUCAAGCUGUGUCCCUUUCAGGAAGAGUUGGAAAUGUCAUGUCCUCCUCAAGGAUGGCAGCAGUGUUUGCGGGACAAGUAUUCAUAUAGCAAUUAGAGGUCUGCAGUUAAGGAUCAUUUUGUCUGCCACAGAAUGGAUUUUCUAUUUCUCCAGAAUGGCACUUUUUGCUUGUUGUUAGAGGGAGUCGGGGAUAUCACAGUUGUGUGGUGACGAUUCAGUCAUAACUAAAACCCAAAAGCGCAGUGUAGUUGAUUAAUAAACGUUUUGCCAAUCAGAAUAUUGUGUUGUCUACACAAACUAUGAUUUCAGAGAUGAAUGAUGGUGGUGAAAUAAAAUUUUUUAAUGCAGAUA